UGCAUAAUUUUUCCGAUCUCAAAUAUUAUACAUAAAUUUAUGAUAUAGUUUAAUCAUCACCACACAAGGAAGAGAAAAAACUCCAAAAUUUAGAUAUGGAGAAGAGUCACUUUGUGUUGAUUCAUGGAGUAAGUUAUGGUGCAUGGUGUUGGUAUAAGGUUGCAACUAUGCUUAAAUCAGAUGGUCAUAAUGUUACAACGGUUGAAUUAGCUGCUUCUGGUAUCAAUCCAAUACAGGUUCAAGAUAUUCAUUCAAUUUCAACAUAUUAUGAACCUUUGAUGACAUUCAUGGAGUCUCUUCCUUCAAAUGAAAAAGUGAUUCUCGUUGGUCACAGUUUUGGUGGAAUCUCCAUAUCUCUGGCUAUGGAGAGGUUUCCUCACAAAAUCUCUGUUGCAGUUUUUGUUACUGCUUUUGUUCUAAGUCAAAAUCUCACUCACCCCGAUAUUAUUCAAGAGUUUAGAAAAAGAAGAGAGGGAGAAGAGAAUUGGUCAAUGGACACAAAAAGAUUCUUCUUUGAUGGCCACAAUAGCCCUCCAACAGCUUUAUUAUUUGGACCUAAAUUUAUGGAAUCCAAAAUGCAUCAAUUAUCACCACCUGAGGAUUUGACGCUUGCAUUAUCGUUGGUAAGACCCUUUCCUCUCUUCAACGAUGAAGAAUUAUUUCUAAAAGAGACAAAAGUUAGCAUGGACAAAAAUGGAAAGGUACCUAAAAUCUUCAUUAUUUGUAAAGAAGACAAUUUGAUAAUAGAGGAUUCACAAAGAUGGAUAAUUGAGAAAAGUGGUCCUUUUGUUGAGGUGAAUGAGAUAAAUGAUUCUGAUCAUAUGGUCAUGUUUUCCAAACCAAAAGAACUUAGCUCUCUCUUACAACAAAUUGCAGACAAAUAUUAAUUUUUAUAUGUAAAAUCUAAUUAAAUAUGAUUGUAAACAGAUUUGAAAUUCUACUUUAAAAUAUGUAAGAUUUGAUUGAAUAUUA